AUGUGAGUGGACUGGAAACAGGAUGACUUGUCAUUGUUAAUGUGGUUUUUUUCCUUUGUUUUUCUAGGAUCUAGUUCAGGAUCAAAACUAAAAGUUCCCGAGCUGAGUGUAAAUGGCAUACAGCACGUUGUUCAAGCAGGCCAGACUUUAAACCUCACCUGCAGGGGGGAAAUGGUUCAUUCAUGGUCUUUGCCUGAAACUCUAAGUAAGGAUAGCAAAAGGCUGAAAGUAAUUAAGUAUGCCUGUGGAAGGAAUGGGAAGCAGUCCUGCAGCAGUCUGACCUUGAGCAGAACUCAAGCAAGUGACACUGGAAACUAUAGCUGCAAAUACCCAACAAGUCCAGCAAAAAAGAAGAAAGAAUCUACAGUCUACGUAUUUAUUAAUGAUACCAGCAAUCCAUUUGUAGAGAUGCACAGUGAUAUACCUAAAAUAAUACACAUAACAAUGGGAAGAGAAAUGAUCAUUCCAUGCAGAGUCACAGCACCAAACAUUGCUGUUACUUUAAAAAAGAUUCCACGAGAAACCAUAAUUCCUGAUGGCAAGACAAUAAUCUGGGAUAGCAUGAAAGGCUUCAGAAUACCUAAGGCAACCUACAGAUUCAUAGGACUCCUGAGCUGUGAGACAACCAUUGGUGGACACAAAUAUAGCACCAAGUACCUAACGCACCGAGAAACCAACACAAUUUUUGAUGUUCAGUUAAGCACUCCACGUCUUGUCAAACUGCUCAAAGGAGACAGCCUGGCAAUUAACUGCACUGUCACUGCAGCCUGGAACACCAGAGUGCAAAUGACGUGGACUUACCCUGGAGAGGCAAGGAAGAGAGGUUCUGUAACGCAGCGCAUUGACCAGAAGAAUACAGAAGCCAAUAUUUUUUACAGCAUCCUUGUUGUUGACAGAGUGCGUGAUAUUGAUAAAGGCCAGUAUACCUGCCACGUGAAGAGUGGGCCAUCAAUCAAAGCAGUUAACACAACAGUCAUCGUUUAUGAUAAAAUGUUCAUUAAUUUGAAACGUCGAAGAAAAACUGCGCUGGAGGCUGUAGCUGGAAGAAAAUCCUAUCGUUUGUCAAUGAAAGUGAAGGCGUUUCCCUCUCCAGAGGUUAUAUGGUUAAAAGAUGGGCUACCUGCUGCUGAAAAGUGUGCCCGGUACAUGGUUAAAGACUAUUCAUUAAUCAUUAAGGAUGUUGCUGAAGAAGAUGCUGGAAACUACACCAUAAUACUGAGCAUGCGACAGUGGAACUUGUCUAAGAAUCUUACAGUCACUCUUAGAGUAAAUGUGAAACCCCAGAUAUAUGAAAAUGCUGUGUCAUCAUUCCCUGAUCCCAAUCUGUAUUUACUGAACAGCAAACAAGUGCUGACAUGCACCGUGUAUGGUAUUCCUCAACCUAAAAUUAUGUGGAUGUGGUACCCCUGUAGACAAAACCAUUCUAAAACAAGGCAUGGAUUUUGCUCUUAUACUGAAGGAUCUUUUGUCCUGAAACCUGGCAGCAACAUAGGAAACAGGAUCCAGAGCAUCACUGAGCGAACAGCUGUAAUAGAGGGCAAAAACAAGACUGCUAGCACGCUCGUUGUAGCUGAGGCGAAAUCUUCUGGAAUCUACAGCUGUGUGGCAACCAAUAAAGUGGGAAAAGCUGAAAGAAAUGUCAGCUUUAUUGUAACAGACGUACCAAGUGGAUUCCAUAUUAGUUUGGAAAAAAUGCCCAUUGAAGGAGAGAAUUUGAUCUUGUCCUGUUCGGCCAACAAAUUCCUGUACAAAGACAUCGCCUGGAUUUUACCGAGGACGGUCAACAAUCAAACGAGAGCAAGAAGGUCUCUCAACAGGGAGUACUCCAUCACCCUCACUCUGACCAUCAAGAACGUUUCCCUGGCACACUCGGGCACCUAUGCCUGCCGAGCAAGGAACAUAUACACGGGGAAAGAAGUGCUUCAAAAGAAAGACGUUACAAUCAGAGCUCAAGAGGCACCGGCACUUCUGCGGCACCUUACGGAUCAGACAGUGAACACCAGUAGCUCUGCCAUGUUGGAGUGCCAGGUUCGUGGCAUCCCUGAGCCCCAGAUAUCCUGGUUUAAAAAUCAUGAGGAAAUACAGCAAGAAUCAGGAGUAAUUUUAGGGCCUGGAAGCCGAAUGCUGUUUAUUGAAAGAGUAAAAGAGGAGGACGAAGGACUUUACCAAUGUAUAGCCACCAACUUAAAAGGGUCUGUGGAGAGUGCAGCGUAUGUCACGGUGCAAGGCACAUCGGAGAGGACAAACCUGGAGCUAAUAACUCUGACCUGUACCUGCGUGGCUGCAACGCUCUUUUGGCUCCUGUUGACCCUCUUCAUUCGCAAGCUGAAGAGGCCUUAUUCCUCCGAAAUGAAGACCAACCAUUAUCUGUCAAUCAUAAUGGAUCCUGAUGAAGUCCCCUUAGAUGAGCAGUGUGAACGUCUACCUUAUGAUGCCAGCAAGUGGGAAAUUGCAAGGGAAAGGCUUAAACUAGGAAAGUCUCUUGGACAUGGAGCUUUUGGAAAGGUGGUACAAGCAUCUGCUUUUGGAAUUAAGAAAUCACCAACAUGCAGAAUAGUUGCUGUGAAAAUGCUGAAAGAAGGGGCCACAGCAAGUGAGUACAAAGCACUGAUGACUGAGCUGAAAAUCCUGAUCCACAUUGGUCAUCAUCUCAAUAUUGUGAAUCUGCUGGGAGCUUGCACGAAAAACGGAGGACCUCUGAUGGUGAUUGUUGAAUACUGCAAGUAUGGGAAUUUAUCAAACUACCUGAAGAGCAAGAGGAAUUUUUUCUGCCCUAACAAGGACUCCUCUCUGCAAGGAGAGCCAAUGAGAGAGAAAAAGGAUAGUGAGUCAGUGGAAGGCAAAAAACAAAGGCUGGCCAGUGUCACCAGCAGCGAGAGCUUCGCGAGCUCUGGGUUCCAGGAAGAUAAAAGUCUGAGUGAAGUGGAGGAGGAUGAAGAGGAUGCUGGUGAGCUCUACAAGUUGCCUCUCACUAUGGAGGACCUGAUCUCCUACAGCUUUCAGGUGGCCAGAGGCAUGGAGUUCCUCUCCUCCAGAAAGUGCAUUCAUCGUGACCUGGCAGCCAGAAACAUCCUUUUAUCUGAGAACAAUGUAGUGAAGAUCUGUGAUUUUGGCCUUGCAAGAGAUAUUUACAAGAAUCCUGAUUAUGUGAGAAAAGGAGAUGCUCGACUUCCUCUCAAGUGGAUGGCUCCAGAAUCCAUAUUUGAUAAAAUCUACAAUACAAAAAGCGACGUGUGGUCCUAUGGGGUCUUGCUGUGGGAGAUAUUUUCCUUGGGUGCCUCUCCUUACCCAGGAGUCCAAAUAGAUGAGGAUUUCUGCAGCAAACUAAAGGAAGGUACAAGAAUGCGAGCCCCAGAGCAAGCGACCAAGGAGAUCUACCAAAUCAUGCUGGACUGCUGGCGAAGCAAUCCCAACGACAGACCGAGGUUCUCUGAGCUGGUGAAAAAGCUGGGAGAUCUGCUGCAAGCAAACGCCCAGCAGGAAGGCAAAGACUACAUACCCCUCAAUAAGAUAUUUACAGCAGAAAGUGGGUCUCCCCCUGCAUCUAACCCUCUGUGCAAUGAACAUUUUUCUGUUACAAAGUCAAGCUGUGGAAGCACUGAAAACGUCAGAUACAUAAACACUUUCAAAAUAAAAACACUCCAGCGCAUAAAGACAUUUGAAGAGCUUCCCAUCAAGGAAACGCUUGUAUUUAAUGAUUACCAGGCAGACAGUGGGAUGGUGCUGGCUCCAGAAGAACUGAAACGCUUCACGUGGACAGGCAGCAAGCAAAAACGGACACCCUUUGGCAUGAAAGGUGCCAGCAGGAGCAAGGAGUCGGUGCUUUCUGGAUUAAUCAAGCCAAGAAGCUUCUGCAGUUUCAGCUGUGAGCAGCUCAGUGACUCCAAGCGAAGAUACACGUGUGGCAACGCAGUGCUGGAGAAAAUGAAAGCGAGCCACACCCCCCCUCCUGACUACAACUCUGUCGUCCUUUAUUCUCAGCCACCUGCUUAAGUAUUUCUAGGCCAAGAUUUA